AUGCUUGAUUCUGGUGCUAAUACGGGGGGUAAUUUGCUGAGUGCGGACGAGAUUGCACUUUAUGACCGGCAGAUUCGGCUCUGGGGGUUGGCCGCACAGGCCAACAUGCGGUCCGCUAAGGUGUUGCUGGCCGGGUGCGGGGCCAUCGGGACCGAGAUUACGAAGAAUAUCGUGCUGAGCGGGAUUGGUCACUUGUGUAUCUGUGACGGGCACGUCGUGACAGAGGAGGAUCUCGGGUCGCAGUUCUUUCUAGCGCGGGACAGUGUCGGUCUGAAGAGGAUUGCCGCAGUGAGGGAGAGGGUCGUGGAAUUGAACCCACGGGUCGCUCUGUCCUUCGAGGACAUAUUCGUGGACACCAUGGACGAGGAGUUCCUCGCAAAGUUCGACUUGGUUAUUGGGACCGAGCUGGGUGAGCAGCAAAUUUCGCACCUGAAUAAGCUGACAAGGAAAUUGAACAUCCCACUGUACGUGGCUGGAUCGAACGGCUUGUUUGGGUACAUUUUCGUGGACUUGAUACAGUUUGAUGGGACGAACGAGAAGUUGCAAAGUGCGAAACCCACUGUGACAGGAUCAGUGUCUGCAAACAGAGAAAUUAUCAAAGUGGAGGUCCACACGGAUGAUGACGACGACAAGAAGACAUUUGAAACGAUUAUGACUCGUAACAAAUACAGACCGUUCGACGAAAUGCUGCUAAAUGCUACAUUGAAGGGUCAGUUGAAAAGAAGACAGCUGAAACGGGUUUCUAAUGUCUUACCAUUGACGCUGACCCAACUACAGAACAGCAAGUUGCUUCACGAAAACGCUGAGAAAUUCACCGAAAAUGUUAGAACAAUGUGCGAUCAGCUUGGAAUUGACCAAGGGACACUGUCACAGGAGUACAUCUCACAAUUUAUCAACCAGGCAGGGCUGGAGUUUGCUCCAGUAGCUGCUGUUAUCGGAGGCGUCCUUGCACAAGACGUGGUCAAUAUCUUGGGGAAAAGACAAUUGCCCCUGAACAACUUCAUCAUCUUUGAUGGAAUCACAUUGGAUAUGCCCAUCUUCGAGUUGUGA